AUGGUCAAGUCCAGAGAAUCAUAUUUUGGGGACAAAAGUUCUUGUGUAGAAAAUACUAGCACAUGGAAUCUCACGAGUUGCUCUUCUGUGCGAGGCCUGAAUAGCACGUGUAUAGGAAAAACACCCCUCUCUUCUAGUAGAUCUGUUUGCAGAAGCCAUACCCCUCUUAUGGGAUAUUCAGUUACAUCCUCAUCUGCAGUCUCUGCUCAUACUGUUGGGUCGGUUAUUGUAGCUGUAGUAGAAGGAAGAGGCCUUGCCAGAGGUGAAGUAGGAAUGGCCAGUAUUGACUUAAAAAAUCCUGAGGUGGUAUUAUCACAAUUUGCAGACAAUACAACUUAUGCCAAGGUCAUUACUAAACUCAGGAUUUUAACACCACUAGAAAUAAUAAUGUCAAACACUGCUUGUGACGCAGGGAACACAACAAAAUUGUUCAGUCUGAUAACAGAACAUUUCAAGAAUGUGGCUUUUACAACUGUCCAAAGAAAAUACUUCAAUGAAACAAAGGGUUUGGAAUACAUAGAACAAUUGUGUGCGUCUGAAUUCAGCACAGUUUUCAUGGAGGUUCAAUCAAAGUACUACUGUCUUGCAGCUGCUGCAGCUUUGCUAAAAUAUGUUGAAUUUAUUCAAAAUUCAGUUUAUGCUCCUAAAUCACUCAAAGUGCGUUUCCAGGGGAGUGAGAAAACAGCUAUGAUAGAUUCAUCAUCAGCACAAAAUCUUGAACUAGUGGUUAAUAACAGAGAUUCGCGGAAUGGUCACACGCUUUGUGGUGUCCUAAAUUACACUAAAACUCCAGGUGGAAGUCGAAGACUUAGAUCCAAUAUCCUGGAGCCACUAGUUGAUGCCGAAACAAUUAACACAAGACUGGACUGUGUUCAGGAAUUACUCCAGGAUGAGGGACUCUUUUUUGGUCUUCAAGCAGUUAUCUCAAAAUUCCUGGAUACAGAACAACUACUUUCAGUUUUGGUACAAAUUCCAAAGCAGGAUACAGUUAAAAGUGCUGAAUCAAAAAUAACUAAUUUAAUUUACCUGAAGCAUACUCUAGAACUUGUGGAGCCUCUGAAAGCUGCUUUAAGAAGCUGUAACACACCGCUGCUAAAGGCUUAUUAUAAUUCUCUUGAAGAUACAAGAUUCGGAAUUAUACUUGAAAAGAUUACAACUGUAAUUAAUGACGAUACAAGGUACACAAAAGGAUGUCUGAGUAUGAGGACCCAGAAAUGCUAUGCUGUUAAGCCUAACAUCAAUGAAUUCCUUGACAUAGCUCGUAGAACAUACACAGAAAUUGUUGAUGACAUAGCAGGUAUGAUAACACAACUUGCAGAAAAGUACAACCUACCAAUGAAAACAAGUUUCAGCUCUGCUCGUGGAUUUUUUAUCCAGAUGAAUGUCGAUUGUUCAACAUUACCCAAUGGCCAACUUCCUUCUGAAUUUACAAAGAUCACUAAAAUGAAAAACACAUAUAGCUUCACUUCAGCAGAUUUAAUAAAAAUGAAUGAAAGGUGUCAGGAGUCCCUGAGAGAAAUAUAUCACAUGACCUACUUAAUAGUGUGUAAACUACUGAACGAGAUCUAUGAACACAUUCAUUGCCUAUACAAGCUGUCUGACAUUGUGUCAAUGCUGGAUAUGCUGCUUUCAUUUGCCCAUGCCUGCACUCUUUCUGAUUAUGUUCGUCCAGAAUUUACGGAUACUUUAGCGAUCAAGCAGGGAUGGCACCCCAUUCUUGAGAAGAUAGCUAUGGAAAAACCUGUGUCUAACAACACAUAUCUGACAGAGGGUAACAAUUUUGUCAUUAUUACAGGACCAAAUAUGAGUGGAAAAUCAACAUACCUAAAACAGAUUGCUCUCUGUCAAAUUAUGGCACAGAUUGGUUCUUAUGUCCCAGCAGAGUAUUGUUCUUUUCGAAUUGCAGAGCAAAUUUUUACCAGAAUAGGUAUGGAUGAUGAUAUAGAAACAAAUGCAUCAACAUUCAUGAAGGAAAUGAAAGAGAUAACGUACAUCAUACAAAAUGCUAAUGACAAAUCACUCAUCAUAAUUGACGAACUUGGCAGAGGUACCAGUGCUGAAGAAGGUAUUGGCAUUUGUUAUGCUGCCUGUGAAUAUCUGUUGAAUUUAAAGGCAUUUACACUGUUUGCUACACAUUUCCUGGAACUGUGUCAUAUAGAUGCUUUAUAUCCCAAUGUGGAAAAUUACCAUUUUGAAGUGCAACAUGUGAGAAGCAGUGCUGGAAAUAAGGAGAAAAUUGCUUACACUUACACGCUCUCUAAAGGAUAUACAGAGGAAAAGAACUAUGGAUUAAAAGCUGCAGAAGUUUCCUCCCUACCAUCAUCCGUAAUUUUGGAUGCAAAGGAAAUCACAAAUCAUAUUGCAAAACAAAUUUUGCACAGGCAGAAAAGCACUCCUGAGAUGAUGAAACAGAGAGCUGUAUACCAUUUAGCAAUGAGAUUGGUUCAGACUGCCAGAAAUUCUCGAUUGGAUCCAGACAGUUUGCGCAUAUAUUUGAAAGGCUUGAAGAAAAAGUAUGAAGCCAGUUGUCCUGCUCCUGGACAAAAUGAUGAGCAACAGUAAUGUGUAACAUAGGCUGUGGCUCUAAUUUUUAUGACUGCAAGGUGAUUCUAUUUUUUUCAGUAGUAUUAGAAAACACUGCUUUUCACAUGUUUUUAAGUUCUUAAUUCUUAGUCUAAAUUAUACUCACUACUUGAAAGACCAUAUCCUUCAUGUUUUUUUUCCCCAAAACAUACCUGAAAUAAAAGCAUUUACUUUGUAUGAGCAACACAGUUCUUUUUGAUAAUGAACUACAUCCCCUUUGUUAUUUUAGAGACAAAAUACUGUAUAAUAUUUAGUUAUUUUCUACGUGAUAUAUCUGGUAUUAUAGCUCUUACAUCUGAUACUGAAGAUCUUGCCUAACAAAAAGCAGUCUUUGAAACAGAUGGUCC